AGGCGGCACAAUGAAGUCACACACAUCAAAAUCCAAAACACUGGGGAUUUCUAUGACCUGUAUGGUGGAGAGACAUUUGCCACAUUGGCAGAACUGGUGCAGUAUUACACGGAGCAGCAAGGUCUACUGAGAGAGAAAAACGGAGAUGUGAUCGAGCUCAAGUAUCCACUGAACUCUCAGGACCCGACUACAGAAAGGUGGUACCAUGGGCAUCUUUCCGGACGAGAGGCUGAGAAGCUACUUUUAGAAAAAGGAAAGCCUGGAAGUUUCUUGGUGAGAGAAAGUCAGAGCAAACCGGGGGAUUUUGUUUUGUCUGUCCUAACAAGUGAAGAGAAGCUGGAAAAUGGAGAGCGGAAAACUCGUGUCACUCAUGUCAUGAUUCGAUUCCAGCCGGAUGGUAAAUAUGAUGUGGGAGGGGGAGAACGCUUUGAUACACUGACCGAUCUGUUGGAGCACUACAAGAAAAACCCAAUGGUGGAAAGGUCAGGAGCUGUGGUGCAUCUGAAGCAGCCAUUCAAUGCAACGCGAAUCAAUGCAGCCAACAUAGAUACUCGAGUUCGAGAACUGAACAAAAUGGCUGACAACACAGAGAAGGCUAAGCAAGGAUUCUGGGAGGAGUUUGAGAUGCUGCAGCAGCAAGAAUGUAAACUACUAUAUCCUAGAAAGGAAGGACAGAGGCCAGAGAACAAGUGCAAAAACAGAUACAAGAACAUUUUGCCUUUUGACACUACGAGGGUGACUUUGAGAGACAUGGAUGAGAGCAUUCCAGGGUCAGAUUACAUCAAUGCAAACUACAUCAAGAGUGCUCUGGAUGAUUCCAGGGGGAACCAGCCCUGUAAAGUCUACAUAGCCACACAGGGUUGUUUACAGAACACUGUUUGUGAUUUCUGGUCCAUGGUGUAUCAAGAGAACACUCAUGUCAUUGUCAUGACUACUAAAGAGAUGGAGAGGUCCAGGAAAAAAUGUUUUCGCUAUUGGCCGGAUGAGAAUUGCACUAAAGACUAUGACUGUGUCAGGGUGUCCAGCCUUGCCGUCCAUCUAGAAAAAGAUUACAUCUUACGGGAACUACAGAUUUCCCACACAGACAGGGAUGAGCCUCCAAGACACAUUUGGCAUUAUCAGUACUUGAGCUGGCCAGACCAUGGAGUCCCAAAUGAACCAGGAGGAGUACUAAGCUUUUUGGAAGAGAUCAAUGCAGCUCAACAGUCUAGUCCACAGUCUGGGCCUAUAGUGGUGCACUGCAGUGCUGGCAUUGGACGCACUGGUACAAUCAUAGUGAUAGAUAUUCUAGUGGAUACCAUUAACAGGCAAGGCCUGGACUGUGACAUUGACGUCCCAAAGACCAUCCAGAUGGUGAGACAGCAGCGCUCCGGUAUGGUGCAGACAGAGGCCCAAUACAAAUUCAUUUAUAUGGCUGUACAGAAGUAUAUUGAGUCCAGGAAGAAAUAUCUGGAAGAUGAACAGAGGGGAAGGACAAACGAGCGAGAACUACACCAACAUUCAGUAUCCACUUGGGGAUAAGGUGAAACCAAAACGCCAACAGCUGCAGCUCCUAGCCAUGCACGGGUUAGCGAGGAUUCCUCCUGCGUCUAUCAGAAUCUGAAUAUUAGAAGCACACAUGUGUCAAGCACUAGCAAUGCUGGCAGAUAA